GUGCUCGCUGUGUAUUGGUGUUACCAUUACGCUUUCCCUGUGAAAUGGCAGUCCCUUGUAUUCGAAACUUCAACAUGCUCAAACUUGUAUUCUGCUAUGUCUUACCAACAAUGCUUGGUGUCUGGCUGUGGAAUGAGGAUUGGAAGUGUGCUGUAGCUUGGCAGUGCUUCAUUAGGUUCCUCGGCAUGUUCCACAGUGAACUCACCGUCAACAGUCUCGCACACGCUUAUGGAUACAAGCCGUAUAAUAAAAAUAUAGUUCCUGCCGAGAAUCGCUUUGUGGCGACGUGUACACUUGGUGAAGGUUGGCAUAAUUACCACCACGCUUUCCCCUUUGACUACAAAGCAGCUGAACACUUCGAUGUACUCAACUUCGCCACUACUUUCAUAAGAUUCUUCGAGAAAAUAGGAUGGGCGUACGACUUGCGGGAAGCAAGCGCAGAAGUUAUUAACUCAAUGGCUAACAGAUUAGGCGAUGGAACGCCAGUUCAUUUCCCACUGCCCGCUGAUAAAUUAAUAGAAGAAAGAUCAUCUGGAUGA